GUCAGUCGCCGGUUGGCAAAUGACCGUGUUGGAUGAGCUGUCAAAUUUCAUAGCAACCUAAGCCUAGGUCGACAAAUCGAAGAACUUAUCUAGCUAGGGGUUUUUCACUGGCUCAGGCUAAAAUGGCAAAGAAACGAAGAGAAAGACGAGAGGUCAACAAUGUAUCAUCUGUACACGAAGAAGGGAAGACAAAUCCUGAUGAACAACUCAUCAAAGAAACACAGUACCCUGGAGGGGGCUCUGCUCGCAAGUCCCUCCUCCUCCUGUUGUCGAUCUUUACCUGUGCCGCCUCAGUCAUGUACCUUGUUUACAGGAAUUUCCCAGAGUUAAGCGAUGAUGAGAUGGAGAAAAUCAAAAUCCCCAAAGACAUGGAUGAUGCCAAGGCCUUGGGUACUGUGUUGUCUAAAUAUAAGGAUACCUUCUACACCCAAGUGUUGAUAGCCUAUUUUACCACCUACGUCUUCCUCCAGACAUUUGCAAUUCCAGGAUCCAUCUUCCUUAGCAUCUUGUCUGGUUAUCUCUAUCCCUUCCCCUUGGCCCUCUUCCUGGUCUGCUUGUGUUCUGGUCUGGGGGCCUCUUUCUGCUACAUGCUGUCCUACCUGGUGGGGAGACCGGUGGUCUACAAAUACCUGACAGAGAGGGCUCAUAAAUGGUCACAACAGGUUGACAAGCACAGAGACCAUCUCAUUAAUUACAUCAUAUUUUUGAGGAUCACUCCAUUCCUUCCGAACUGGUUCAUCAACAUCACCUCGCCUGUCAUCAACGUGCCUUUAGGGGUUUUCUUCCUCGGGACAUUCUUUGGAGUCGCCCCACCAUCGUUUGUGGCUAUCAACGCUGGCACAACUCUGUACAAACUGACCACAGCCGGGGAAGCAGUGUCCUGGAACUCUCUAGCAGUGCUGGGCGUGCUGGCUGUGCUCUCCAUCCUGCCUGUCUGCUUCCAGAAGAAGCUGCAGCAGAAGCUCGAGUAGGGCACACUGGGCAGCUCAGCACGUCAUCGACCUGCCUGAUCCCCCUUCCCCACUCCCUUGGCUCAGGAAUGGUACAUGCAGCAGUCACACACACACAUGACUCCUUCCGUCUCAGUCUCACACGCCCGCUUGGCUGUCGUGGGAACCUCAUCUCGCCGAAUGGCCCAGCUAUUACUUCUGUGUCCCAUGUUUUGGCCACCUCGAGGAUGUGUUCCACAAACUGGCUUCUACUUCGCCUCAUGAUUGGUGUUUCCCAGUUUGUGUUGGUUCACCUUUUGAGUGAUUUGGCUGUGACAAAGACAUCCGGCGCCUGUCUCUUUUGAAAUUGUUUGAAUUAUUUAUUUUCAACUCUCCUUUUUGACGUUUUGUUUCGUGUGUUUGGAGUUUCUUCAAUCCUUAAGAUCAUUGAACUGUGACAUAAAAGCAAUAUUUCUCAGAGUAGUUGUUUGAAGGUUGUCUUUCCAAUGAAAGUGUUUGCCGUGGGCAGUUUUAUACACUAGUUUAAAGGAGUGAAUGUCAUUUCAUUGUAUCAUGUUAAAUUAUUAUACAUAAAAUCCACCCCAUUUGCCAUAAUUGUUAAUGGCAGACAAUAGCUACACUAGAUGUUUUUAUUGCCAAUCCAAUAUUGGAUCUUCUUGAUUUUUAAUCAUUUGACUUUCCCCUUUAAUUUUCUUAAUGAACAUAUCAAGUAUUGAAAACAAGUGUUUUGUAUGUGUCUUCUUUUUUUUUUUUUUUUGACUUGCUACAUUUGGUGCAGUGACUGCACUCCUUUUUGACUUGCUACAUUUGGUGCAGUGACUGCACUCCUUUUUGACUUGCUACAUUUGGUGCAGUGACUGCACUCCUUUUUGCUCUCACUCUUGUACGCUCCAAGUCGUAUGCUAAAGUGUGCGUGGAAAAAUGCAGUAGGGACCUCCACACUAAGGAUGAUCCAUUAGUGCCCAAUUAAAGUUGCCAACUGAUUGAAUGACACAUACUUCUCCUUGCAGUUCAUACUUCCAUUUUGCUACUUCCUGCCUGUGUGGGUUGGAACCAGUAGGCCUACACAUCGGUUGCUGUGAUGCCUAGACUGUGUUGUCGUUUUGGCUUCUUUGACCUGCUUUAAGAAUCAUUUGCCUUAUAUGAAGAGUUUACUGGAUGAUUUGAUUUCAGAACAAAUACCAUCUGUUGCUGCUCAUAGUGAGUCCUGGAGGACUUCUUCGAUGAAUUUGAUACAGUGAAUGUACACAUGAGCAGUCUUACUGUUGAUAUUUCUGCAUGGCCCCGUUUCAAGAUUCCACAAGGAAAAACAACCAAUGUUUUAAGAUAUUUUGUCAAGCACCCUUUUCUAAACGUUUAGUCUUACUCGGAUAGUCGGCUUAAUGUAUUAACGUCAGGGGAAGAAAUACUGAAUCUUUUUGAGUCCAAUCAGAAUGUGGCUACCUCUAUAGCCUACAACUAAAAUAGCUAUAAAUGAAGCAUUGUUAUAUUACUGCAUACUUAAUAGAAAAUAUUUACUGUAAACCAUCUAAUGAAUAUGGUGCUUAAGCAAGAGGGUUUUGUUUUUUUUGAACAACUGAGGGGCAACAUUUAGCUAUUGUGUUGCAAAUCUUGGAAGUUCACUUUCACUGUGUCCAGUUUUAUGCAACAACAACAAUCUGUUGAUCCCUUUGUUUUCACUUGAACAUAUAUGUUGACACCCUUUUUUAUCCGUGCAACAGAAGAUCAAGGAUUCGUUGAUGCAUUUCAGCCCCACUCCUGGUCAUUAGAAUAAACAGUUGUAUUUCAUGUAUGAUGAUGUCCUUAACAUUGGGUUAUAAAUGUUCUGUAAUACAAUUCUCCAUCGGGUGAUUCCAUGCGGACAUCCGACUAGCAGAGGUGGUUUCAGAGGUGGUUUCCUUGUUUCAUUAACUAUUGAUUAACUUAGGUAAAUCCAGUGUUAAGGUGUACAAAAUGAAUUGCAGUAUGACCUGCAUUUGUAAAUACUGUUCAUUCUUGUACCUCUUUUUGUCCAAUGGAAUGAAAUUUGCUUUAUUAAUAUAUUUAUUAUUAAA